CCACCUCCAAACCUUCAAUUCGCCCCACAGAUCUAGAUCCAGACAUCUGAGCUCCUCAACCUUCCUUUUGAUACAUCAGCGCCCAAGUCAUUGUCGGUCUCCUAACCCGAGGGCAAGCUAUCCAACUGUUAUCGGGCAGCGAGACACGAGGCUAUCGCCCUGCUGUUAAGCAGUCUAAGCUACACAACAACAUUUCGAAGAAGGAACACUCUCACAAUGUGGCUUGUCAAUUCCAGUACCCUUCAGCUUGAAUAUUUCGUCGGCUCUAAUACCCCGAGCUAUGCCAUUCUCUCCCACACAUGGGAGGACGAGGAGGUCACUUUCCAGGAGCUGGCCCAACCUUCUGCGGUAUCUAAGAAGGGAUAUCUCAAGAUUAAAGAGACCUGCCUUAAAGCACGGCGGCACGGACUCCGGUAUGCGUGGAUUGACACCUGUUGCAUCGACAAAUCUAGUAGUGCGGAACUGACGGAAAGCAUUAAUUCUAUGUUUCGGUGGUACAAGAAUGCUGAAGAAUGCUAUGCCUUCCUCUCCGACUUCCGGUCAGGGGCCUCAGCUGAAGAUGGAUUGGCCGCCUGCCGUUGGUUCACUCGAGGAUGGACACUUCAAGAGCUAAUCGCACCAACGCGACUUCGCUUCUAUGAUCAAAGAUGGAGCUUCCUAGGGACUAAGAAGGAUUUCUCCCGUACAAUCUCAUCAAUCACCAAUAUCAACGAGGAUGUCUUACUAGGUCGUAAGCAGCCAAAAGCCUAUUCAGUCGCUAUCAGGAUGUCAUGGGCUGCACAUCGUAAGACGACACGCACUGAAGAUCUUGCCUACUGCUUAUUAGGUAUCUUCGACGUGACCAUGCCUAUGAUUUAUGGCGAAGAAUUAAAAGCGUUUCAUCGACUACAAGAAGAAAUUAUCAGGCAUAGCAAUGAUCUCACUGUUUUUGCCUGGGACCAGAAGCAAGAGGAAAGGUCUCCAGUCAGCCUAUUUGCAUUGUCACCUGCUGCGUUUGCCGAGUGCAAUGAUAUUCUGCGACUAGAUCGAGCAAAAAUAGAUCCGGUGUUUGCUAUAACGAAUAAAGGACUGAGAUUUGACAAUUUCAAGUUCCUAAAUUACUUCAUACCCGAAAACAACGGAUCCAAAAUCGCGAGCUAUAUCAUUCCGGUAGGACGUCGGAACGUUCGGAAGCUGGGAUUAGACACUAUGGAAGAGAUCACUAUGCAACUUCGAAAAAUUGGACCAAAUCUUUUCAUUCGAAAUGGAAGCUUAUGCGCCAUUCCUGGAUCUGUUUUGCAUGUUCAAUUGCAUAGCUUCUACAUACAGACGACCAUUUUUAAUUCUCAGGACUUUCAAACCUUGUCUGCUUGGAGGUGCCAGUUUCCCCGGCAAGACAACUUGCAAAUCCUGGCAAUAAUUCCCGAAAGUCACUGGGACGAAACGGAUCGGUUAUUCUUCCUCCCGCUUGAUGACCACAGCCUUGUCUUGGCCGCCUUGUGUGCUGUAACUUGGGAGGAUUCGAAGAUCGACGUGGUGGUGUGUAUCGAUUUUGACCCGGAUAAUGUUAUAAUUUGUCGAAUCUUCAACGCUGCGGAAUACGAUCGAGAAUUAUCUUGGCUUUUCCAGUACCAGAGAUUGGGUUAUGAUGUGACAUGGGAUGAUGUUAAAGCCGACGCACCAAGAAUUCUCAAUUUUACUAAUACGGUUGGAGUCUCCGCAGAUGGAGCAAGGUUUACAAUAUCAGCAUCUAUUAACGGACUUGUCUCUUCUUUAUCAGACCUUGAAAUCUAUUCUGUUAACUUCGAAGUUGAGACACUCACGCGAGCGGAACAAGAAUCAGUUCAACGGCCCCGCCACAGGAAAGCACAGGAUAACUCUUUUGGCUCAGCGGGCAACGACUUAUCCUUACGCUGGAACUAGGAGAUUAGCGGUUCAUCUCAGCCGCUCCAGUUCCGCGGUAAAUGGGGUGAAGCUGGAGAAUCGAGAAAUUAUGACACGUGGAAUGGGUCUACCGGGAGACCUCCUGGAGUGCGUGAAGUUGAUAAAAUGUAUACGUAAUAGGAAGUAACUCCAAGAAUGACGGCGGACGUCGAAAACGUAACUAAUGGAGGAUGUUACUUAAUGUAUAAAUCAAUGGCUAUUUUCCAAAGUGC